AUGGUCUACCUUAAGAUGGCACCUUAUAGACUAGCAGCAUUUGGAUUCAGAGGUGCUUUGAAACUACAAAACAAGUACUAUGGUGCAUUUCUAAUUGUGCAGAAGAUAGACAAUUCAGCUUAUAAACUGCAAUUUCCAGAGCAUGUGCAAAUACACCCAGUUUUCCAUGUGAGUCAGCUCAAGAAGCAUAUUGGUCCCAAUUUCAUACCCAGCCCGAACCUGCCAAUGGUCAACCAAGAUGGCACCAUCAAGACUGGCCCAACGGAGGUAGUGCAAGUUCGGCAAGUGCCUCGACACAAUCUGCCAGUCGUCCAAUGA